GCACUGUCGAACAGAAGAAUAUUGCUGUCUCGCUUCAUUGGCUAUCUCAUUCUUACAAUUUACAAUUUGUUAUUUACAUAAAAGUAAUAAUAAUAAAUUGAAUUAAAAAAUAUUUUUUAAUUGACAAUCUUAAAAUUAACAGUUUUUGUCGAAAAAUGGCUGCCCUUGUUGUACAAUCCCGCUUUGCCGGUCUCAAAAUAGAAGAUGAUGAUCAUCCUGCUAUCGAAAAUCAAAAGUCCAAGAAGACUAAAACUAAUUCAGUUAAAAAGUUAGAGCCUCCAAAGAAACCAAAAACAAUGAAUAUCAAAAAUCAGCCCGUAACAACAAAGAAGCGUAAAAAUAAGCCUGUUGAAGCUACAACGGAACAAUGGGAGAUGUGGAAGCAAAAGGAUGAAGAGAUUGUUGAUGGCAACUUCGAAACUCAACUUCAAGAGGCAAUUCUUCUGUCUAAGCUUGAUUACGAAGAGAAAAAAGAUGUAUACAAGCAGUUCAAGAAAGAAGCAGACCUCGUAAAAAAGUUGGAAGAUCAAUCUCGACCUGGCAAUAGAAAACAGAAAAAGAAAAAUGUCAUGAGUCUUGAACAGUUUAAUGAGAUGGUGACUAAUGCUGAUGAACCAAACUUUAUGAACGUCACUACAAAGAGUCCACAGGAAGAUCAGAAACUUAUUGACAAAGAUACAAAGUUUUUCGAUAGAGUUAAAGAUGACACAAAGAACGAACUGUUAAAAGACAAAAUCAUAGCAAGGGUCCGACACCAGACCGUGCCCGAUGAGGUCAUCACACGAAUACAGUUUGCUGAAGCUUUAGAAAGGAAAGACAAAGAAAUAUUAACUUUAACCCAGGAGGUUAAGAGUUUGAAAGCAGAGCUCCUAACAGUAAAGUCUCGAAAUAAAAAGCUGUGUAAUAUACUCGGGCAAGGAGAAAUGAAAGACAAGGCAGAAAUUUUGGUUGAAGUAGAGAGACUACGAGCUGUCCAAUCUGAGUUAACAUCCGAACUUGCCUCUCUCCACACUGAUCUGGAGAAAGAACGGUCUAAGAAUGCAGAUCCACGGGCUAAAGAUAAGAAGAAAAGAGGGGCGAAUGGAGACAGGGAAAAAUAGCCGUUACAGCUGUUUGCUCCAUUUUAAGCCUAAAUGUUAUAUGGUACUAUAUAUUUAUUAGCUCUCUAAGUGUCUAUACUUAUUUGAAUGGUCAAUUUUGCAUUGAUAUAUAAGUAUGUGUUUUUUGCAUAAUCAUUUUAAGAAAAAAAAUAUGCUACAAAGUGCUAUCAUGUCAAACGAGAAAUAUUGCUUUUUUUUAUUUAUAUAAAAUUAAUUUGUUGAAUAUUAUUAGAAUGUUAUUAUUUAUAAAUGUCGUGUCUUCGAAUACAAGUACACUUUGUAGUGUCUCAUCUCAGUCGACAUGUACAUAUGGAGAUGUAAAAGCUUUUGUUGUGUAAAUUCACGAUCUUGUAAUAUGAUACGCCACCUGUAGACACGUAGGAGUAACUUUGGCAAAGAUCUCUUCAAUGUGGUAGAUGUAUUUCGUAAGAGCUGCUCUUGUCAGUCUUGUUCGUCUAUAAGCCAUUAGUUAGUAACUUGUGAUUUAAUUUGACAAAACCUUAAGACAUUCCUCAAUGUGUACUGUAAUGUAAGCGGUCAAGUUGUGAUUUCGACUUUCUAUAGAUCUCUGUACUUGCUCUGUGAUUUUUAACUUGUAUUUUUUUAUAUUACUUUAUAUUUGUAAUUAUAGAUGUCACAAUGUUUUUAGUUAUAAAUAAAUUAAUAUUAAAAUAUAUAAAUAUAUAA